GAACCGUGAAAGAAUCUCAGUUGCAGCCGCUUCCAAGCUACUGGCUAACAUGGUCUAUCAGUACAAGGGUUAUGGACUUUCUAUGGGUGUGAUGAUAGCUGGUUGGGACAAGAAGGGUCCAGGUCUCUACUAUGUUGAUAAUGAUGGAAACCGUAUGCCAGGCAAUGUCUUCAGUGUUGGUUCUGGAUCUAUCUAUGCUUAUGGUGUAUUAGACUCUGGCUAUCGUUGGGAUAUGACUGAUGCAGAGGCUCAAGAGUUGGGUCGCCGAGCCAUAUACCACGCCACACACCGUGAUGCUUACUCUGGUGGUGUCGUUAGAGUUUACCACAUCAAGGAGGACGGCUGGACCAAAGUCACUGAACAAGACAGCAUGGACCUUCACUACAAAUAUGCUGAGGAGAAAGGAACAAGGUCUCAGUAAAUGUGUUUUUGGCUUACCAGAAGUUGUUUAGUUAAGAAUAUAUCAAUAACCUAAGCAGUGAUUGUCUUGUAGAGAGGUCAUAAACAACUUAAUAUACAAGUACAGUAGCUACAGUAUCUUGAUAAAUUUUUGUAAGUGUGGUAUCAGUAAGUACAGCUCACACCUGUAUCAGUAAGUACAGCUCACACUCUUUACUUGAGAAUAAUAUUUAUCAAGGGUGAUUUAUUUCAAUGUUUUUGCAUCAUGUUUACUUUGUGAAGAACCAUUAUUUUAAUAAAGGCAACUCUUUAAGAUUAUUA